AUGAACGUACUGAUGAUCUACACUUAUUUCCUAUCGGGCGCGAUUGGACUCCUAUUCUUGCAACAUUUUAUCUUAUUCAUACUCAAAUUCUUAUUGAACCCAGCUCUUUUCUAUCUAUUUACUAGGUAUAUUGUGCUGCCGUACAUUGUACGGAGAAGCUUGUUUUGGUCUCCUAUUAGUCGGGGCGCGGCCUUUAUACAUAUUUUGCAUUGGAGUGGUACCUUGAUCUGCAACAUCCUUGGCGUCAACAGCGCUGGUGCAGCUCAGUCUCGGGCUGGCUCCCUGGCAUUACUACAUUUAGUACCCGCACUCUGGACUCCGCAACUUAGCUUUGGCGCGCAUUUUUUCAACCUAUCGCUGUCAGCCUACAAUAGGUUUCAUCGUGCUUUCGGUUGGAUGACUCUUAUCCAAUGCGGAGUGCAUAUUAUUUUUGCCAUGCGUACAUACUCCUUCGACCUAGCCGAGGCAUCUCACCGGAACGGUUUUAUAGCUGCAAUUACUCUGAGCUCAGCAACUUUAUUCUUUCUUCCCUUGAUCCGCCAGUGGGCGUACGAAAUAUUUCUCAAAGGUCAUAAUUUUCUUAGUAUCAUGGCAUCGGUCAUGAUUUGGUUGCAUCUGGAGGAAAAGAAAGGCUUCGAUGCAUUCUGUCUAUACUUUGCUCUGGGAAUCUCCGUGCUUACAUACAUUGUAUACUUCCUACGACAGUUUUACUACAACUUGGUCGCUGGUCGGCCAGUAGCCGCUGCGGAACUUAUCAAAUAUCAGGAUGCGGUGAAACUAACUCUAACAUUGGCACGGCCUUGGAAGGUACGGGGAGGUCAAUAUGUCUAUUUGACCAUACCGGCAGUGAGAGCAUUAUCAUUCGCCGAAUCGCAUCCUUUCAGUAUCGUUUGGUGGGAGGAGGGCCCUAAUGGUGAAGCAAUAACUCUAUCCGUUCUUGCCAAGAUUGAGUCAGGUUUUACUCGAGCCUUAGCAUCCUCUAGCCAUGAGCACCUUCGCGUGUGGAUAGAUGGACCUUAUGGCCAAUGUAUUGAUACUAAACAAUAUGACAGUGUUAUCCUAAUAGCAACAGGAAUAGGUGUUGCAGCACAGCUACCAUACGCCAAAGAGCUUCUUAGCCGGCAAUUGAAAGUGGAGAGUGAGCAUUUAAAAGGACUCACAACCCCUAAACGCAUCUCUAUUGUUUGGGAGCUUGAGCAAGAGAGUCAUGAAGAUUGGAUCUACCAAUGGAUGGAUCAGCUUCUUAGCGACGACUCAAAAACAUUGGUAUGA